AUGCCGGAGGGAACGCCGGAGCUCGCUGCCAAGGACCAAACCCUCAUCCUAACCCUCCCUCAAGAUCAAGAAAGCGCCGGGGACGCUGAUGGCACCAUCAAGCGCCUUCGCGACGAGAUCCAAGCCCUCCGGGUCCAGAAAGGGGAGCUUGAGCUCCGGCUCGACGACUCAUGCAAGAUGCUUCACUGCGCCGAGGCGGACAACCGCUCCUUCGCUGCCGAAGCCAAACACCUCGAAAAAGAUCUCGACGCCAUCGCCGCUGCCUCCAAGGACUUAGAAACCGAGGCCGACCGCCUGAAGCGAGCCCUCAAGGAUGUGGAGGCCGAGGCGGCCUCGCUCGCCACCGCCAAAGCCACGAACGUGGCCGAGAUCUCCGCCCUCAAGGAGCGGCUCGCCUCCCCGGAGGAGCUCGAAGCCCUCCGGGCGGAGGUCCGCACGCUGGAGAGGAAGGAUAUUGACCUUCGAGUGGAGGUGAGCGACUCGGUGAAGCAGGGGGAGGCGGCCGUGGAGGAGCAGGUCAAGAUCGUGGAGGCGCGAGAGGGGGAGCUUCAGCAGGUCGUUAAGGCCCUCGAGGAGGCCAACACUCGACUGGAAAUGGAGCUCGCUGAAUGCCGGUCCCAGAUCGGCAGGCAUCUUGAGAUGCAAGGCGGGCACGAUGCUGCUGUCGCGGCGGCGAGGAGGCGUCUGAGGAUUUCUCAGGUGGUGGCAGCGGUGGCGUCGGUGGGAGCACUUGCUGCGGUGGUUGUGGCGGUCUAUCUUCACCACGGCCGCCCCAG